AUGAGUGGUGUUAACGGGUCGAAAAUUGAGCAGGCUUUAGGCCCAGCUUUCCCCCCCAACGAACGGUAUUUUGGCCUCGAGAAUUAUGGCAACACGUGCUACUGCAACUCAGUACUGCAAGCACUUUAUUUCUGCCCGCCUUUUCGGCAAAGGAUCCUACACUAUCAGCACAACCUCAAUGAACGCAUCAAGAAGGGCAUGCCAAGGCCUGAAGAGAACCUCUUACUAUCACUCGCCGAGCUAUUCAGCCACAUCUCCUCGCAGAAGAAACGCUCAGGCAAAGUGGAACCAAAGGCAUUCGUGUGUCGGUUACGCCUGGACAAUGUGCUGUUUGCGGGUUAUCUGCAGCAGGAUGCGCACGAGUUCUUCAAUUUCCUGUUGAAUAAGGUGGGUGAGCUACUGGUGGAGGAGAAGAAGCAAGAGAUCAAAGCGGCACAACAGAGUAAAGGGGGCGGUAAGCACUCCGACGCAGAUACAGGCAAGACAGCGCCGACACACACACACACAACAGCACACCACAACACUGCACACACGCACACGCACACACACAACCACACCACACACACAGCCCCGAGUGGUGCACAACCUCGGAAUAAUAAAGAAGGAAGUCAUGACAAAGACCAGCCGUCCGCAAAGACUGAUGGUGCGAUAAACGACAGAGACGGGCAAGGCCGAGGCACAGAUAGCAGCAGCAAUGGUGAUGGAAGCAGUAGAGCAAGCACAUACACGAGCACAAGUGCGGGUACGACUGGGAAUACGCACACAGAGACACCGAUACCGAACGGAAAUGCGGAUGUAGAAGCAGAUAUGAAUGGGCACUCAAGUACAAGCACGAAGUCUGCUCUGUCAUCGAGGAAUUCGUCGGUGGUCGCUCAGAUCAAGCGGAUGUCAAUCUCAGCGAAGAACAAUGUUCUGAAUAUGAAUUCGCCGCAACUUUCGAAGAAGGACCAGAUUAAAGAGAAAACAGUAGACGUGGAUAGCAACGCCGCCAGGGAUUCCCACAUUCGCGAAAAAGACAAGGACAGACCUGAGGACAAGGUGUACAAGGAUUCAGAAAAAGGCGAGAAGGAGGAAAAGCGAAGCUCAACGAGCAGCAACAGUGAUAAGGGUAGUACUAAAGAUAAAGGCAAAGACAAAGAAAAUAAGAGGAAAUUGGACGGCUCCGGAGGCAUGGCUGGCAUGUGGAAUUCCGCCAAGGCCAAAGUUCGCAGCAAAAGCUUCCCAGAUGUGGGUACAGGUGUUCAAGGCGCCGUGGUUGGUAAUGAAAAUAUCAAGGGUUCGACUCUGGGUGGCUGCGCUCCACAAACAGGGGAGAGCUGUUCAAAUGACAAGACAUGGAUACAAGACAUAUUCGAAGGUGUACUCACCAAUGAGACGAGGUGUUUAGAGUGCGAAACGGUCUCCAGUAAGGACGAGUGCUUCCUGGACCUAAGUGUAGAUAUCGAACAGAACAGUAGCAUCACACGGUGCUUGCGCAAUUUCUCGACACUCGAGUACUUAAGGGCCGAGCACAAGUACUACUGCGAAUGCUGUUGUAGUCUGCAAGAAGCUGAGAAGAGGAUGCGAAUUAAGAAGUCGCCACAAAUAUUGGCAUUGCACCUCAAGCGAUUCAAGUAUUUUGAACAGGAAGGGCGCUACAAGAAAUUGUCCUAUCGGGUGGUCUUUCCGCUCGAGCUCAAGUUGUUCAAUAUGUCCGACGACGCCGAGUCGCCAGACCAGAUGUAUGAUCUGUUUGCCGUAGUCAUACACGUGGGGAGCGGACCCAAUCAGGGCCACUACAUAAGCGUCAUAAAGAGUCAUGAUAAUUGGCUGAUAUUCGACGACGAGAAGAUAGAGGUUAUAGAAGAGAGUAAAUUGCAGAGCUUCUUCGGACUUUCGGGCGAAGGUGUGCAGCAAUCGAGUGAAUCCGGGUAUAUUCUGUUCUACCACGAGAGGGGUGUUCCGGCUGAAUACAAACACAUGCAGAAGACCCAAUCUUACAGGAGGGGAGAAUCAAUGCCGACCUCGGUGUAAGUACACCUCGAUCUCAAAACGAUCGAGACAGGCGGACGUAAAGCUGGACAAAAGUUGUCUGGAAAAAUCGUACGGGUAUAAAAAAAUACGUAUGUGUAUAUAUCGGGACGACCUAGCUAAUAGCGGGAUACACUUGCGAUGCCGAGACAGACCUGUGUGAAUCAGCACGCACGAUAUGCGCAAAGUGGGAGAGUAGUCGUAGGAAUAUCGGCACUCGUAUUCUCAAACCGGUACACGUGCUAAACCCUAAGUACCGGACUCUUACGGAGAUACCGGAAUGAGCGAGUUUAUAUCGGUACAUGCGUGUGCAUACACUGGGGCGCGCGGUGUUCAUAUUAGAAUGCGUGUGUGUACUACCAUUGUAUCUGCUGACCUUCGCUUACCUAUUGUGAGCGCGGGUGCGUGAACGACAUUAAUGGGGACUCUGUCAAGUUAUAUUCGCAAUGAGUGUGACAUAAGUAUUUACAAGAAUACAGCAGCAAUUGUCACAGGCAUACCAUAUAUCUUAUUAAUAGCGAUGCGUGCGAUAGGCCAUCUUAUGUGUGAAGCCCUGAGCAUGUGGAUGCAUAUUUGUACAGCAGCGUCUGACCACUCCCCUACCUCAAGUGGCGAAUUUGGGUGAGAUACAGCAAAGGUACAUCAACUACCAACUAGCACUUACAGUGCACGAAGCCGGUCUCCCGACUACAACGUACCAAGAUUUCGAUCAAUGAACAGUUGAAAUACCGGGCUUGCAUAGCAAACAUCUGAUAAUGUUGACUGUGUGACGUGGGGGAUAGUUUAGACUGGGGUUUAUGUUAUUUUUCAGUGACGAUCGCUCAAUCCGGUUUAUGAUCUCAGUGUGACAUAAAUAUCUGACUGACCUGCUACGUGGCGCGGUGUUUGGAGAGUCGUAUGAUGGUGUUUGGAGAGUCCUAUGAUAGUAUAUCGACACCCGUUAUGCGCGCGGGAGAGAGCUAGCAGCGACAAUAUGAAAUGACAUCAAUGACAUCAGCUGGCGUACGUAGUGAUUGGUGCAGUCUUGAUGUCAACAGAAUAUAAAGAAACUUUACAUAUAACCCCAUAGUCGCAGGGGAUAGAAUCAAAAUAGUAGACGUACCUGGAUUUGUAGUCAGGGUUGGCAUUGGUAUUGUAGUUGGUGACUGCUCGCAGGCAGCAGGAUGGGUAUUGGUCAUCCGACACACAGAAACACGGAUUCGGGCAGCAAAAGAGUUGCGAUAUAUUUUUCACGACAAAAGUGGACAGAGCAAAAUGGCCAUUUUAUGAGGCUUCAGGACACGCUCACAUAUGAGAGGUAUAGUAGAACAGCACCCAAUAGUGCAUAGGCGGGAAUCAUCAUUGCACGUGCGUGGGGAACUAAUAUUGCGAUAGGAUGGACUAUCCUAUCCCACAAUGCGCGCGGAUGCAAUGCCUUAAUCGCGAUAUCCACUUAUAAUAUAUAUAAAUGAAAAUUAAUGCAGGCC